UGUUUCUUUCUACCUUCAGGUCGGUUAAUAUUCCUUGGCCUCAUCUUAAAUGGUGUCAAUGGCAAUUAUGUCUGUCAAGAUGGGACCGCCAUUCCAUCGCAUUUCCACAAGAUUAGAGAUCAAUACGUUUGGGCGUCUGGAGGAAACCGUAUAUCUUCUUACGAGGACAGCAUGAACCUUUGUCAAGUUGCAGGAGCUCAUCAGCUCCUUCAUAUGCAACGUUUCCAGGCCUCGGAUAUUGAUCAGUUGAAGACAGUGACCACUCAUACGAACGAGGACACCUUUGUGAUCGGGAUUCAAAAUUUAUAUGCCAAAGAGUGUAAAAAUGCCGAAUGCAAUGUUGAACUGUUUUGGGAUGAUGGAACUCCUUUUAACUUCAAUGGUUCAUCUAUCAAUGAGGUGACGGCGGACUCUGGGAUGGAGUGUUUUCGGUUAAACAUCAAAAGAUCUAAAAUGAAAACAAGGCCUUGCUCUGUUUUGGGAGGUGGCAUUCUUUGUGAAUACGUCUGCUCAGGCAAUUCUACUCGCGAGAAAGUGAAUUGUGGAACUGAACCCAUUCCUAUGGAAUAUUACAAAGUGAGGGACAAAUUCUACAAAUUGAUGUCAACGCCCAAUACAGAUUGGUCUCAAGCUAACACACUUUGCUCCGCACAAGUUGGAUCCCAUUUGCCCAUCAUAAAAGAUGGUGCAGAUUUGUCGACACUUAGGAACGCCUUCCAAUUCAUAACGGAUCUGGAAAUUCCUAUUGGUUUACAUGGUCCCUCUAGUGUCACAUGUAUUAACUUGGAGUGCUUUGAAGUACUUCAAUGGACUGAUUUGGAAUAUUUUGAGAGCUCUCAAGUCUUCACUUCGGUGUCAUUUUUACCCACUUCAGCAUCACCCCAUAAUCCAGACUCACAAUUAAUGGUUGGCCUGAAGCUAAACAAGAGUGGCGGGUUGACAGAAAUGCAAAACAUGGUGGACAACAUAAUUUGUGAAUUCACUUGCACCAUUUCAUCGACCACUAAAACCACAACUCAAACACCCACCACCAUCACCACAACAACAACAACAAGUGGUAAAACGCCGGAAGAACCAUGGUCCUCGCCAGGUUUAAUCACGUCGAGUUCAGUGACUGUCAAACUACCAGAUCCGAUGGUUUCCGCUUAUAAAGAGUGGAUUGAGAUCAUGGAUAUGAGCGCAGGGAUAACAAACUGCAAAGUGGUUUGCCAGAAAUUUUGCCAAAAAGGCAUUAACUUAUGUUUCGGCGCCAGAGGAGGUGGGUAUGGUGGAUCCAUUUUGAGUCAUUGUCUUUGCCGAAUGAGCUCUAUUCGUCGGUUCCCCGGCCAAAUUUGCGGCCCGCAAAUGAUGAGCUGCGCCCGAAAAUAUGACCCGAUCAAUCCUAAAGUCAAACCACCCAUUGGGAUCUGGGUCGAUGGGCUAAACACCGAGAGCUUGCCAAUUACGUGAAGCCGAAGUUACGUUUAACCAAAAAUGGCCCGUCAUUGCGUUCUUAUGCUGCACGAAAUGUGUUUAGCGUUCUGCACUUCAGAGGGUUCUUUGCCAGUCAGCCUUUAUCAAAUAAAGGGCCGAUUAGGCUGAUUGCUUUUUAUUGAA